AUGCUCUCUUGGUUUACCUUAGCUUCUAUAUUGCUUUUGUUUACAGCAAUUCCAUUAGAAGCCAAUUCCAACCAAAAAGAAUUUGGAGAUCUCAAUCUCACAACUUCUUUUUCCGGCCCUACUGGGAAAGGAAGUGGAUCUUCUCUAGGUAACAGCUGCCUCGAAGUACUAUGUAGCAGCACUAAUCUUGAGCAAGAGGUACAAGCUUCUUCAUUUGCGAAGGUACGAGUGAAUAAGUCCAUUUACGGUUAUAGUAAUUGUAGCUUCUACACCGGAGCUGGAGCGACGAUGUUGCAGUCUCACAAGGUCCAUGCUGCAAUGAAUUUGAAAGAUCACACAACCUCCAACACUAUUGCAAAUAACUUUACAACAGUCAUAGGUUAUGAAUCAUUUGGCUUUAUAGGUUACGAACCAUUAACUUUGAACAUCAACAGUCCUCUGGCUGACCAGGAGGAUGGGGCUUGUUCUGGUAUUGGCUAUUGCCAUUCCUCCAUUCCAAGACGCAUCGAGUACUCUUUUGCAAAGGAGGCAGAAAGUAUAGUAAACAUAACUUUGUUAUCCAUGUAUAUCUGGUAUACCAUGAGAGUUGGUGUUACUGGUACACCAUCCAAGUCCAGCCUCAUCCUUCCUUUGUCCAUGGUAGGAAACGUCAGUAGUGCGCGACAGCUGUACUAUGAAAACAUGGCUGUCCCUCAAAACUAUGGUAAAGGAUCUGUACAUUCUCUCAUCGAAGUUGGAACACGUGAGAAAUUGGUAUACGACAUGGCUUACCUUCCACACAGCAAAGUCUUUCAUGCAAAUUUUACUGUAGGCCUCGGCUUUUGUUGCUUAUUUAUUGUUUUUGGGAUCACUGGGAUCUAUUCUAGUGUGAAGAACCAAAAGUUGGUUAAGCACAAAUCCAAGUUUUUCCAGAAAAAUGGAGGGUUAUUAUUACAGCAGCAUAUUAAUGCUUCUACCACCAGAGGACGUACAACAAUUUUUACUUCCAAGGAGCUAGAAAUGACUAUGAACUAUCAUAAGAAGAGUCACACUUUCAGUCCAGAAGAUUAUGGAGUCCAGCGUUUCGUAAAUGAGAUUAUCACUCUCACCCAAAUCAACCAUCAAAAUGUGGUCAAGUUCUUCGGAUGCUGUCUGGAGACUGAAGCUCCCAUACUAGUCUAUGAACUCGCCUCCAGUGGGACCCUUUUCGACUACAUUCAUCAUAGGAAUGGGAGAAGUUCAUUGCCAUGGGAUGUCCUUCUAAAGAUAGCCUCAGAAUCAGCAGCUGCCCUUGCUUAUCUGCAUUCUGCGUCAAUCAUUCAUGGAAAUGUCAAGUCUUCAAACAUAUUGUUAACAGAUUGUUUUAUGGCCAAAGUCGUCGGCUUAAGACCUUCGAGGUUAGUCCCUAGUAAUGAAUCACAAAUAAUCACAUUGUUUCAGAGAACACUAGGCUAUCUAGACCCGGAGUAUCUUCAUAAAGGCCAAUUGACAGAUAAGAGCGAUGUUUACAGCUUUGGAAUGGUUUUGUUAGAGAUUGUAACAGGAGAGAAGCCAAUAUCAUUUGGCAGACCAGAGUGUCAAAGAAUCAUUUCUUCCCAUUUUGUAUUGUCCAUGGAGUCACAAAGCGGUCUUUUUGAUCAGAUUGUUGGGGCACAAGUACUAAAACAAGAACAAGAACAAGAGCAAGUCAGAGCCGUAGCUGAGCUUGCAAAGAGAUGCCUCAGUUUGAGUAGCGCAGAGAGGCCUGCUAUGGAAGAAGUGGCCAGGGAGUUGACAAUGCUGAGAUCAUGA